AUGCUUGGCGCCGACCAGGGUGACGACCCCGACCAAGAACUCUUCUUGGGAAGCCUCACCGCGGACAUUGUGGAAAAUGCAUCAUCAGACUGGUUCGAAUGCGUCGAAGUUAAUGGCCGUGACGUGAACUUUAUAUUGGACACGGGGUCCGACGUGAACAUUCUCCCUGAGCAGCUAGUGUUGAAAUGGAAGCCCCAGCCGACUGUGACAACAACAAAGGCAAAGGUCACAACUUACCUCGUAGACUACUACUCCAAGUUUGUAGAGGUCAAGAAAAUGUCAACAACUGCAGCCUCACCUGUGAUCUCAGUGCUCAAGGACAUCUAUGCACGGUUUGGCAUACCUUCAGAAGUCGUGACUGAUCAAGGACCUCCAUUUGACUCCACUGAGUUUGGAAACUUCAACAAGGAAUGGGACAUCGUUUACAAACCCACAUCACCUCUUUUCCCUCGCUCAAAUGGACAAGUUGAGAGAACGGUCCAGACCAUAAAAGCAACAAUGACUAAAGCGCUUUCUGAGGGCAAGGAACUCUCACUGGUGCUCAUGAACCACAGAGCAACUCCGAUGAAUGGCCUCCUAUCCGCAGCAGAGAUGCUUAUGGGAAGAAGGAUCAGAACGUUCAUUCCAGCCCAUCCCAGAACCUUGUUACCACACUACCACCAUAAGGUGCUCCAGAAGGAGCUUCAAACAAGGCAGCAGGCACAGCACAAGUACGCAGACCAGCAUGCUCGAGACCUGCCACCAUUGGGCAAGAACCUACCAGUGUGGUUCUGGCAUGGAAAGAAAUGGGAAAAAACAGUCAUAACCCAAGUAGGCCCAGAGCCACGGACGUACACAGUCACAGCAGCCAAUGGUCAAGCGUACAUGCGCAACCGACACCACCUACGAGUGCGAAGCCACGCAAGGGAUCCCCAGGAAACACCUGAAGACUACUAUCCCGUUGAGGCAACAGGAGAAAGUGAGCCACACCAUUCCGCACGCCAAAGUCUUCCGCCUGACCGAUCCUCAGACCCGAGAACGGUGCCAACGCAAGCAUUCCCGAAAAAGACGCGCUCGGGAAGACCAGUGAGAAUUCCUUCAAGAUUUCUCCUGUGA